UGACUUGGCUAGUUUUCUUAUGGAGCUAAGCCUUUAUGACUAUAGCAUGCUUUGUUAUGCUCCAUCAGUGAUAGCUGCUUCUGCGGUCUUCUUAGCCAAAUAUGUAUUAUAUCCCAACACACCUCCAUGGACGGCUACUUUGAAACAAUACACAGAGUAUGAACCAUAUAAACUAAUAGAUUGCGUUUGGCAUCUCUAUCGUCUAUUCAGUUGGAACAAUUUUGACAACAUUGCACCCACAACCAAGGAAAAGUACAGUCACAUAAAUUAUGACUUUGUAGCCAUGGUGGAUUUCCCCCCAUCGAUACCGAUCAAGUAUUUUUCAUGACUGAAGCAAUAUUUAUUGCAUUCUUUUGUUAGAGAGAUGUCUGUAGCAAUGGUGGUGGUUGAAGUUGCAUUGAAGGUGAUAGUGACAAUAAGGAAUGAGAGAAAAGAGUUAAAGCACUCUUGGCUGGGGAGAGGGCCAGAAUAAA